UCUCGGCUUUAGCCUUCACCUUGGGAACAUAAUUUACCGCGAGAUACGACUUCAUCGACUAAGUUUCAAAGUACAGAUGGAUCCGUCAGAAGUAGAGUUUUUAGCAGAAAAAGAAAAUAUUACAAUUGUUCCAAACUUUUCACUUGAAAAAAUACACUUGAUAAGUGGCGAUUUUGGUCCCUUUAGCCCCGGAUUACCAACAGCAGUUCCUCUCUGGAUGGCAUGCAGUCUCAAGCAACGACAAAAAUGCAGAAUAGUUCAGCCAGAAUGGAUGGAUGUUGAAAAACUUACUGAGAAGAAACAGGAAGAAAUGGAUUCAAAGUUCUUCACACAAAUGCCAAGCAAUUACUAUCUGGAAAUUUCACAACUGGUUCUUCAAUGUGCCACAGAUGACAUUUCUCGAGCUGAUGAAGUGAAGAUUUUGAUAAAAGACAUAUGGGACCUCAGAGUAGCUAAACUUCGGAGCAGUAUUGACAUGUUUGUCAAAAGUGAUGCAACACAUGCUAAGUUGAACCACUUAACACUAAUGGAGAUCAACACUGUACGUCCAUUUCUUACAGCUGCUCUCAAUCACAUGCAUUCCCUUCAUGCAAAUCUGACUUCUGGCUCCAGUUUGUCUCAGGACUGAAGAGAUAAUUACUCACAGUUGCACAGCUUUAUCAAAUUCAUGGUUCAAAACAGUCAAAAUCAGGAUUCUUUGACAUUUGUUCCUUGUUUUCAAUGAGGGAUGAAAGGUUGAGAUGAUCAGGUGAAAACCAGUGCUUGUUUCCAAAUGGCCUCUCCUUACAUAUGAACCUUAGCUCGAAAGGAAGUUGUUGGAUAAAUUAGUGUUCCCCAGUACAAUUAUAUUUACAUAACUGAUGUGAUUAGAUAUUGCAUUAGACUAAGGGUGAGAACAUUUUUUUCUGUCAAGAGCCAUUUGGAUAUUUAUCACAUUGUUCACAUUAUCAACUUAAAAAUUAACCUUCUCAUUGGUGAAGCCAUAGUUUUGCCACAGAGCCUUAAUACUAUUGCAACCUGUACACUCUCAGGGUGCCUCGCACUGAUCUUCCUUGAAGUCACCACAAUACACGUAGGUGAACUAUUGCACCAGAGAAGAAGCAUACAUGUCUGUCAUGUCAUAUACUUGUAUGUGUCCUGUCUAUCCCAUAAUGCAUGUUCUUUGCUUGCCCUCAAAAUUAAUUUUAUUACGAUUCACUUAAUAUAAAUUUAUGUUUCUACUAAAAAGGCUAGAUUUUUUUAAAAUUUCAAGUUCUAGCUGCGAUUGCCUUGGUAGGGCCAGACCAAAUGAUUUCACGGGCCUUGUACAUACAGCCUGACGGCUGGAUGUUCCCCACUCUUGCAUUAGACAUUUCAAGAUAUAGACUUGCUUAACAUUGAUUAGGAAGCUGCAUGUAAGGGACAUCAGUAGUCAUCUGAUCUGAACUGUUGUAGCAUGUAUCAUCUGGCAGACUAUGGCUGUAGUGCUGAGGGAACUCCCUGGUCUUUUGUCUUCCAUGUGUGUAACUAGCAAACAGUGCCCUAAACAGAUCUGUCAUAAGAAUGGGGUGAAUACAUGAGUUAAAAAAAAAAGAAACAUUUAGCAGACCAUUAUCUCUUGUCUUUUUAUGACUAAUUACAAUGUAAAAAGUUGUAGACAGUGCCUGAAAUGCAUUAAGCAUGCAGCUUAGAGGGCAUUUUUUUCCCACAUUGGUUACUGGUUAACUCUAUGAAAGCCUAGAAAAUGUAAGCUUUGUAAGUGCAAACUCAGUUAUUGUUUUAAUUCUUGGAAAAGAACCAUACUGUGCAUGAAGGAAAGUGAAAAGUCCCAUUGUAACGUGGGAAAUACAGAAACUUGAAGAAAAGCAAGGAGAAACUAGUCAAAAGGAGGCAGUGGCAAGGAUUGGGGCACACGCUCACAAACCUUACUAGCAGCUCCUACAUUCAGCCAAUCAAGUCAUCAAAUGCAAAACCAGAAAAAAGAAAAUUACAAGUAUUUAAGAAAGAGGAGCAACAAUUAGGAGUCUUGUUCCAGAGUUGGUAGGGGAGGAAGUGAUCCCUUCAUUCACAGAUGCCUCUGGAGACAUGAUGUGGUGUGGAUGUCGUUUUUCAACAAUAAUGCAUCUACUAAACAAAAUUAUGUUCAUCAUCCAGCGCCUGGCAACAUGUAUAUUGCUGGUGUGCUGUGAGAAAGAGAACUCUAUUUUAAUUUUGUUGAUAGACACUUGUUGCCUCCCUUAUGUUGACACUCAUUGCCUUUGCCUGUAGGUUAUCUCUCCUGAAAGUACAUGUACUGUAUUCAGUUGAUCAAAAAUGUUCAUC